CUGCUGGUCGCUGUCAGCUCUGCCGUGGACAAGGUGAUCGCUCACUUCAGCACCGCACGGAACCUGGUGCAGAAGGCUCAGCUGGGAGACAGUCGGCUCAGCCCCGACGUGGGUUAUCUGCUGCUGCACACCCUCUGCCCUGCGCUCUAUGCUUUGGUGGAGGACGGGCUGAAGCCCUUCCAGAAGGAUGUUAUCACGGGCCAGAGGAAAACUUCCCCCUGGAGUGUGGUGGAAGCCUCUGUGAAGACAGGGCCCAACACACGCUCCCUCCAAACCCUGUGCUGGCACGUGGCUGGGCUGACCCCCCUCAGCAGCAACAGGCAGAAGUUCCAUGCCUUUAUCCUAGGCCUUUUGAACACUAAACAGCUGGAGCUGUGGAUCUCUCACCUGCAGAAGAGCCCAGGUGUCAUCUCUGUGCUGUACUCACCCACAGCCUUCUUUGCCCUGAGCCAAGGUCGUCUCCCCCACCUUGCUGAUGAACUGCUGCUGCUCAUCCAGCCCCUCUCAGUGCUGACUUUCCACCUUGACCUGCUGUUUGAACACCACCACCUCCCCGUCCCAAUCAACCCUGGGUGGGCUGGUCCCUGCCCCCCCGGUCGGGCUGCCCUGCAGCAAACCUUCCAGCACGUGCUGCGCUGGGGGGAUCAGCUCAGCCGCAGCUUGUUGGGGGCUGAGAGCCCUCCAGAGUGCCAGGGGCCCGAGGAGGGCACUGGGGCUGGCCUCAGUGGCUGGUGGGGCCAGCUGAGCCAGACCUCCAGGGUUUACACUGCUCCUAGCAAGGAAAAGUUCCCCUUGGUGUGGUGGACGAAGCUGCGAGUGGCUGCAGGGGAUUCCAGCCCUGGGCAAGCUGCACGACCCCAAACCUCCCUCAGUGAGCCUGGAGGCACAGAGCUGCAGCUCCUGCAGUCCAAAGCUGCUCCUGAAUGCUCUGGCCCAAAGCUCAGCAGCAGCACUGACACCUCAGGGACCUCCUCCCCUGAAGACCUCAUCCUGCACACUGGAACGGGAGCACCCACCGAGCUGGAUGAUCCCACUGCUGGAGAGAAGCUCCUGGCUGCUUCCCAAGAGCCUCGUGCCAACAGGAGCCAGGCAGCACCUUCUGGCCCAGGGGCAGGUGGUCCUUCUGCUGCUCCUGGUCCUGACACGGGCAGCUGGCUGGGAUGGCUCUUUGGAGCCACCAACCCAUCAUCCAGGAGCUCUCCCCCGAGUCCUGACGCCGUCUCGGCCAGGUCCAGGAGACCCUCCCGCUGGCUGUCCCCCAGCCCCCGUGUCCUGGCCGGGGUGGUGAAGGGGCUGACGUUGGACAGGACCCACACUCAGGAACAGCCGCAGAGGAGAACGUCUGCCCUGCCCCAGGCCCACAGGGCAGUUCGGGCACUGUGCGACCACACAGGCACCGCCGAAGGGCACCUGAGCUUCCAGAAAGGAGACAUCCUGCAGCUGCUCUCCACCGUGGAUGAAGACUGGAUCCGCUGCUGCCAUGGAAACAGCACUGGCCUCGUUCCUGUCGGUUACACAUCCCUGAUUUUGUGA